AUGUCCACUCUUGCCUUCAAGUUCCAAGCCUCAACUGAUCAUCUGCCUUCAAACCGGAAGCUUUUAGGGAAAUGUGUGAGCACACUGUCCCCGGGGGAAUCCAUCGGACUUUAUAGUCCAAGACAAUCGCUCCGAGUUACCGAAUUGAAUAGCCUCCAACAUCCCUCACAUUCAAUCGAACAAAAUUCGGGACUCGGACGGCCGACAGAUGAAACAGUUCUUCGAGGGCCGACUCUCUCAUUGUGGGCUUUAGAUCAUGAAUCAAUUCAGCAGGAACAAAGCCAUCAGCUGCUGAGUAUUUCGGUCCAGCAGCCGGGGGAAAGAAACCGCAUAGGGCAGCUCAGUGGAAUCUCUGCUCCACUGGAUCCUCCUCCAAUCAGAUUCGAAGAUCUGGAAGACAACCCUCCCAUUAACGAUCAUGAAGAAAAUGAUUGUCUGAUUUGCUUGGCGGAGUGCCGGGCGUCUGCUGGAGUCGGACUCAAGAGGAAACAGUGCACACAUUGCAACCGAAUCUUUCAUAAGGAAUGCAUUGAAGACUGGUUAAAACACAAACAUACUUGCCCGAACUGUCGGUCGAUCGUUGACGGAUUAUCUCCAACAUCAUCACCAAGGCCAACAUCUGUCGAUCUGGCCACAGGAGCUCAAACCAGUAGACCCAUGCAACCUUGGUUCCGCGAUGGUUUAAUCAUGGCCCCGGUUGCUAUUACUUUAGUUGCGAGUAUAGUUUUUUUGGCAUUUUUCUUCAAAUAUCUUCCCAAGCAAUGA